CUGACAUAUGAAAAAUAUGUCUUGUUGAGUCUGAGAGAAACUUAAACAGGAUGACUUUUUAUUUCAAGCCUCCAAGAGGGAAUAUUCCACUACAUAAACUUCAAGAAUGUGUAGAAGAGAGGAUCAGUUACUUAGAUUUUGUCAGGGAAUCGACUGACAUUUCAGAAUGCCAUGAUCAUUUCAAAUUUGAGUACCUCAUUGAUGGGUCUGCUCUUGACAGGACAGGACAUUUCAUGCUGAGACUAGUUGCAUUAAAAUUGAAAAGUUUAGAGGAAUUUCUGUUAGAAUCGGAGCCUAUUCUCUUCACCAAGAGGUUGCGUUUUCUUAAGCACAAUCAGAUUGAUAAAGAGCUCAGGAUAGCUCGACGCCACGUUAAGGAGAUUUUAUUUCAUUGUCAACCACUUCCUAAGUACCAAGUUUUUCUGAAACAUUUUGUGCAAUUGUGUGAAGACAUGAUCGAAAGCAAAGCUAUAAGUCACACUUUCACUGAUGAGCAUGACUUAAGCUGUCAAGACCACUGUGUUCUAGUUCCUUUCACACUAUGCCUCCCAUUAAUUGUUCGAAGGGAUGUUGAUUUGACUGCAGGCAAAGUGAUAGUACCAUGUGGAAAGUGGUCCCAGUUGCUCGGAUGUUUGUUUGGUGAACAUUUAAAACAUGGAAUGCAGCAGCUGCUGGCGUCUAACUCUUAUACGUCCAUGUGGGAUGACGAUCGAGUAAGAUACCUGUUUCGGGUCCUAAAACUAAAAUUUAACCAAAAUGCUCCAAGCAAUGCAAUGUCCAAGUAUUCCACCUUGAGAGCCAAUGAGGUUGACCAAACAAGCUUGCUGUUCCCUCCAUGCAUGCGAAACAUGCAUAUCACUCUCAGACAGCGUCAUCGUCUUUCCCAUUAUUCCCGCUUUUAUUACAGUUUAUUUUUAAAGGACAUUGGGAUGCCGCUAAUGGAAUCUAUUGAAUUUUGGAGCAAGGAAUAUGCUCAAUCAACCGGCAGUUGUACUUCAUGCAGUCACUCAUGGCAAAAAGAUGGCAGGAAAUAUGUUUACAGUUUACGUCAUAUGUAUGGAUUGGAGGGCUCCAGGCGGGAGUAUCAUACACCUUGUUGCCAACAAGUGCAAAAUAUGUCAUCUAGUCCACUAUCUGAUGGAGGAUGCCCUUUCCUUAGCUUUGAUGAUAAAAAGCUCUUGAACUGUCUUCACAAUCAGAUCAAAUUUGAUGUUCUCUCAACCGUUGGAAAUGAUAAGAGUGCAAAAGAAAAAUGUCACAUAUAUUUAGACGCACUGAAAAGUUUUUACGCUGAAAAAGUUAGUUCUACUGAAGGUAAUAAGGAAAUAAUUGCAUCAAACCAAAACUCAACACCUGCAUUAUCGCCUUCACAAUUUUAUUUCACUGUAAAGAAGACUUGACAAUAGUAAUUUGUUCAAAAUUA